UCGAGCAAUGUACCGCAUAAGAAUCGUCUUAGGAAACUCCAAUGUGGGGGAUGAUAGUAGGGCCUAGUAAUGUAAUCCUGGCGACUAUUGCGCUGCCUCUCUGUGAGGUAGAUCAUAUUAUUCUACCAAAUCAUAUUUUAUGUCCGCGUAACAGAUGACUGCCUCUCGCGUUGCAGCUAUUCGCUGUUUAGCUCUUAUGCUGCUUCUUCUUGCGAGCCUGCAGUCGCCGCGCGGAGAGCAGCCCGGGGGAGAGCAACUAGCGGAAGAUAGCCGGGGCAUGGCGGAAAGGAGUGGGGGGGUGGCGGAGAUGAGCGAGGGAAUGACAGGAUUGAGCGGGGGUAUGGCGGAGAUGAGGGGGGGAAUGGCGGAGGAGAGCAGGAGAAGCGCGCUAGAGAGUGGGGGAAAUGCGGAGGAGAAUAAGGGAAGCGGCAAUCACGAUCUCUCGGAUCUAACUCCCACAGCCAAGCGGAAACUGCCUCCAGGAGACGUGCGGCUGGAUCUGGAUGAAUCCCCUUAUAAGCCUCCUCGAAACAAGCGGAAAAUGCCUCUAGGAGGAGACGUGCUACUAGAGCUGGGCGAGGCAGCGCCAGCAGGCUUCAAGCUGCUGCUUAGCGCCGCAGGUGUGCUGCCUGAUAUCCACCGGAGAUUGAGACGAAAAAACGCCACGGUGCUUGCGCCCUCGGACCCUGCCCUAGCAGCUGUGCUCCCCUUGGUGCUCCGGAGAGUGGAGGAUUCGGUGUUCUCCAGGACUCGCCAAAAGGGUUCGGUAUUCUCAUUAGAAACAAGGGCUGUACAACAAGGGCAGCUGAUUGGACGGCAGGAAUCAGACCAGCAGCAGGAUUUGACAGGAAGAGGGGCGAUUGCUUUUGGGUCCGGUCAAAGGCAGGGUUCGGCUCGACAGCUGGGUUCCUUGGGGCAGCAGGAAUUGGCAGAGAGAGCAGAGAUUCUGCGGGAGAUUGCCCUGUGCCAUCUGGUUCCUUCUCGCAUCUCCCUCCUAGGAUGGCACGGCAAGCACAGAUCACUGCAAGGUGCUCUUCUCAGUCUCGAGUCCAGUGGGCUCAGAUUCACUGUAUCGAGCGUGCCUGUAUCGAAUGGGACUGUAUCCAGCGUGAAUAUACCGAGUAAAACUGCACCUGUUGUGACAGUAACGGUGGGCGCCACUGUAGUCACGCGGCGCCUGGUGGUGUACACGGUGGAGGGGGUGCUGCUGCCGCCACUGCUGGGGGGGAGUGUGAGUCUAGGCGAUGGUGGGAAAGGUGAUCCUGGCAGGAGGAGGCAGAAGGGGAGGUGGGGAGAGCACGGGUGGGGAGGAGAAGGGAAGUGGAUGGGAGAUUCGGAACAAGGGGUUGAUUACGCUGCUGCUGAGGAGAUAAAGAGAAUCCAACUUGCUUUACAUUCAUUCUUAAACAGGCGCUCUGAUGUUUGCUGCCGAAUCAGUUUCCUUGCAACAACCAUCUACGGCACAUGUGUUUUGGCACUACUAGCCUUGCUGAUUUAUCGAAACAGGUACAAGCCUCUUGCACGUCAAACCAAACGGCUGUAGGCAAAGAGUUGCAGCUUGCAGAGCAGCAACGCAACUUAAGUAAAACUCAUCCAUUGUUGUUGCUGGCAUAUAUUUAUUUCUCCUCCA